GAUUUUGUCAUCGGGAAUAUGUGCAUGCAGUAGCUUUUUUUUGCUAGUAUUUAUAUGUAAUUCUCAAAUCCACGGCGCAGAGCUGAAUGAGAUGAGCCUACUGGGUGGCUAUAAGAAAAAGACCUGCAGUUACGAUGGCUAUGAAUCUUUACAGUUGGUCGAUAGCAGCGGUAACUUCAAUAACGGGGGAGGGAGAGGCAGCGGAAUCGGCGGCGGCUCGGUAGCAGCAACCCUAGGAGGACCGAAGGCAGGCCCACUGCGCGAGGACGACUGCAGCACCAUGGACAGCUCAGGUCCUCCAUCUCCAGAUAUGGAUGCCAACUAUGGCGGAGGGCUGCUGGAUAUGGUGAAAGGCGGAGCCGGCAAGUUCUUCAGCAACUUCAAGGACAACCUGAAGGACACACUCAAAGACACCUCCACUAAAGUCAUGCACCAGGUGGCCACGUACACAAAGGGAGAGCUGGACAUUGCCUACAUCACAUCACGAAUCAUAGUGAUGUCAUAUCCUGCGGAGGCGUUGCAGAUCGGCAACCAGAACCAUGUGGAGGACAUCCGCUCUUUCCUGGACUCACGGCACGCAGACCACUACACCGUCUUCAACCUGUCACAGCGCAACUAUCGAGGCGCCAAGUUCUCCAACCGGGUCUCGGAGUGUAACUGGCCGUCCCGCCAGGCUCCAAGCCUGCACAAUCUGUUUGCGGUGUGUAAGAACAUGCACAACUGGCUCAAACAGAACCCCAAGAAUGUGUGUGUCAUCACCUGCUCGGAUGGGCGUGCUCCCUCGGGUGUGCUGGUCUGUGCCAUGUUCUGCUUUUGCCACCUCUUCAGCAACCCAGUGCCCGCCAUGCAGCUACUCAGCGCCAAGAGACCCGGCUCAGGCCUCUGGCCCUCACACCGGAGGUACAUAGGCUAUGUGUGCAGUAUGGUAUCAGAGAAGCCCUCCCUGCCACACUCAAAGCCCCUGGUGGUCAAGGCGGUCACCAUGAGUCCAGUACCCUGCUUCAACAAACAACGCAUCGGCUGCAGACCUUUCUGUGAGGUCCUCAUAGGGGAGACUAAGAUCUUUUCUACAGCACAGGACUAUGAGAGGAUGCGAGAGCACAGGGUCCAGGAUGGGAAGGUGGUCUUCCCUCUAGGUGUCAAUGUCCAGGGUGAUGUGGUCAUCUCUGUCUAUCAUAUGAGGAACACCAUAGGAGGACGACUGCAGGCCAAGGUGUCCAACACUCAGAUACUCCAGAUCCAGUUCCACACAGGCUUCAUCGCUCCAGGGACAACCGUGUUAAAGUUUACAAAGCCGGAGCUGGAUGCGUGUGACUCUCCAGAGAAGUACCCCCAACUGUUCCAUGUGCUGGUGGACAUUGAGGUGGAGGGUACAGACAAGCAGAAGGACCUGACCCCUCCCUGGGAACAGUUCCCUAAUAAAGACCUGAUCCCCAACGUGCUGUUCUCAUGUCACCAAGAGCACCAGGACGCCCUCGCCAUCGCAGAGCCGAGCCGGUCCCACAGUGGUUCAGAUGGUCGCCCUCACGGGGAGGACAGUGAGCCGUCUGAUGAUGAAAUGCUGUCCCUGUCCAGCCAGCAGAGCAACGUUAGCGGAGAGAGACAUGGAGGGGCCCAGGCUGGCCCCAGGGCCCCCAAGAGACCAGAGCAGCCUCAGGCCCACGCCACUGCUCCUCCUCCCCCAGAAGAGAUGGACCUCCUGGGCCUGGAUGGUGCUGCUGUGAACCCCCCCUGCCCCAAACCCCAGCCCCCCACCACCAACACCACCACGGACCUCCUGGGGGAUCUGUUCGGAGCCUCCCCCCAGCCCCCGCCUGGAAGUGGGCCCGCCUCGGCCCAGUCCACCCCCCAGAAAAUAGCCCCUCCCUCCACCUCCCCUUGCCCCUCCCCAGCGUUCGACCCAUUUGGGGCGGGUCCGAUGCCCAAGCCCCAGGAGCUGAUGGGUUCCUUCCGGGGUCCAGCAGGUAACCUUGGUAACCGGGGGCUGCCUGCCCCCCUCCUGCAUGCAGCUCGCUCUCCGUCCCCCACUAUGCAGAACACUGGCAAGGGACGGAGCUCCCCAGUCCCGCCCACCACCCCUGUGGUCACCAUUCAGCAGCCUCCCAACGCCAUGGGAGGAUGGGACUGGAACAAGUCUGCAGCUCCAGGAGGGGGGUUCAGUAUGGGCAGUAAGUCAGCCAGUACCAGUCCUACCGGGUCAGUCCACAGCACCCCCACACACCAGGCCAAACCCAAGACCCUGGACCCCUUCGCUGAUAUUGGAAACCUGGGGGGCAGUCUGGGAGGAGGCUCUGGCUUCUCCAGUAAGCCUACCACCCCUACAGGCACCACCCCUGCCUUCCCACCCACGGGCUCCCCCUCACGGCCUCCUCCCUCGCCCCAGCACGGUGGGGGCUGGCAGGCUAACACAGGCUUCCCCUCCUGGCAGCCCGGUGGUGGAGGGCAGGCAGGGUGGCAGCCCCAACCCCAGGGUCAGGGUGGCCCGCCCUCCCAGGCCAAACCCAGCCCCAGCCACUCCAUGCCGCACACCUCCCCCUCCAACAGACCCAACUACAACAUCAGCUUCUCUGCCAUGGGAGGAGGGGCUGCUCCCAAUGCAGCCGGGAAACCACAGCCCAACAUGGGUACCAAGCCCAAAGUUGCAACGGCUAACUUCGAUGACCUGCUGUCUGGCCAAGGCUUUGCUGGAGCCAAAAAGAAGGAAGGUCCCAGGACAAUAGCAGAGAUGAGGAAGGAGGAGAUGGCUAAAGAGAUGGACCCCGAGAAACUCAAGAUUCUGGAUUGGAUCGAGGGCAAGGAGCGUAACAUCCGGGCCUUGCUGUCCACCAUGCACACAGUGCUCUGGGAGGGGGAGACCCGCUGGAAGCCUGUAGGCAUGGCUGACCUGGUGACCCCAGAGCAGGUCAAGAAGGUUUACCGCAAAGCCGUGCUGGUGGUCCAUCCAGACAAGGCCACGGGACAGCCCUAUGAACAAUAUGCCAAGAUGAUUUUCAUGGAGCUGAAUGACGCCUGGUCAGAAUUUGACAGCCAAGGACAAAAAGCACUCUACUGAGCUGAUAGAAAACGAGAGAGAGAAAGCGAGACUGAGUUCCUGCCCACCCACCCCUGACCCCUCCGUGAACAGUAAUCAAGCUCCCACCAGAUGUGUGACUCCCGCCUCCUUCUCUUCUCUUUACUGUCCCGUGGACUCCAUAGAGACUUCAGUAGCCAGACUAACAGUGUAAUAACCGUGUCAGAAAAAGAUCUGCCUACCCACCUAUCUUAUGUAUCUGGUGGCAGCACUGUCCAACAAGAACUGUUCAAUGCUGUCCUACGUGUCCUAGUCCUGAACCAAGCAACGCAGAGUCAUCCAGCUGUCUAUGGAGACACAUCACCAAAUAGUGAUACUGUCCACCUAAUACACCGGACACGGGUGAUAAUGACAUACCUGUAGUCACAGUGUGGUUAGUCACAGGUGCUGUGUAACAGCCAGGAUAUGACUGUAUGAACUAUAAUCGCCAAGGAAGAUGUUAACAAUGUUUUACUGUCAAAUAACAACAAAAGAGACUCGGUGUUUCAAAAAAGCACAACUGGCUGGUUCUUGUGUUUACUUAUCCUCCCGUCUUAGAAAGGUGCAGUACGUCUUUAGGUUAGUCUGGUGACUCGUUUGCAGCCUAUAGUCACUCGAAAGGUACUCAUUCUCAUCUCUACAGUCACUGUCCGGUGUCUACAGUCUCGUAGGAACCAGGAUGUAAAAUAUAUCAUACAAUAAUUCCAUAUCACACUACUGUACUUAUCUAAGAACCAACCUGCUGCUGCUAGUGUUUUAUCAGGCUUAUCAACACCAUUAGUAGUGUAUUUACUUUUAAUGAUGUUAACUUAUUUACUUGUACUAUCGGAUGUUUGUGUCAUACUGUGAGGCUUAUUUCUAUUUUGAUCCCUCGCAAAGAAGAACUGGUGUUUUAUUUUGGAGAAUGUUUAGUAAAAUACAGUAGGGUCCUCUCCUAUCCCUCUGCUGUCUCUCUCGGAAGCCUCUGCUAUUGAAUCACGAGCGAUAUGACGUUUUAACCGAAGGGCACACGUCGCUGAUGCCGUUUUGCAGAUGGGUGUCUGAAUAUGGUAUCUGAUGUAUGACAAAUAACCCAUUAAGCAAUUUUAUGUACAUGUGCAUCUGCUUUAGUAAGAGGUCCCCCCCCCCCCCCCC